AACUGGUGCUGUAUCAAAUUCAAUAAGGAAAUAUUAUGCGAUGAAAUAUAUAUUUACAAAAUAGUUAUUAUCGUAUUUUAUUUUUUAUUUCUUAUAAAAAUUCUUUUUGAUAAACAUCUCCUUGUAAACGGGUCACGUGAUUUUUAUGACGUCAAGUUGACAAAAAUAUACGUGUCCUCUGGAGAAUACGCAGACGGACAGACCAGACAGUACAGACUACAGAAGACAGAACACGAAUCACAGUUUCACUUUCAGUUCAGAAUUGUGCUUUGGAUUGAUAAUACGGGAAGUGAGAUUAAAUUAAAUUUAUUAUUUAUAACUCGUUUCUAUAAAACAAUUAAACAUACAGUUAAUACUUGUGAAGUGAUUAAUAUUUGUCGUCAUUCACGAUGAGUAGAGCAACGAUGAAUUCGUUUUACUCCACGUUCAACUCCAAAUUGGAGCCAGAUGUGAGGCACCAUCUGAAGAAUGUGUACGCGUGCUUGUCGAUGUCUACGAUGACAGCGGCGGCUGGCGCCUACGUGCACCUCUACACCGAACUGUUCCAGGCAGGUCUGCUCACAGUCAUCGCCGCCAUUGGAUUCCUCUUCAUGCUCAUGGCCACAGAGGACAGUGACAAGAACAGGAAGAUGCGGCUUGGAUUCCUGCUCGGAUUCGCAUUUUUCUCAGGUAUGGGCAUGGGACCUCUGCUGGAAAUGGCGAUCGACAUUAACCCGGCGAUUGUGGUGACCGCCCUUGUGAGCACAGCGCUGAUCUUCGUCUCAUUCAGCAUUGCUUCGCUGACGGCCGAGCGUGGCAGGUGGCUGUUUCUGGGCGGCUCGCUCAUGACAUUGCUCACCGGUCUGCUCGUCCUCUCGCUCGCCAACAUCUUCUUCGGCUCUCAGCUUAUCUUCAAGGCUUACCUCUACCUAGGACUUUUGAUAAUGUGUGGAUUUGUGCUGUACGACACCCAGCUGAUAAUUGAGAAGCGUCGCGCUGGAGACCGCGACUUCGUCGCUCACUCUGUCGAUCUGUUCGUUGACCUCAUUGGCAUCUUCAGGAGGAUUGUCAUCAUCUUGUCCGAAAAGGAGAGACAGUCGAAGAGGAGGAACAACGAUUGAUGUCGUUGAGUGCAAUUGAAUUCCGAGGGGAGGUCGGUAUUCAGAAGAUGAAAAAUUUCAGAUGAAUUACAACUUGUAAAUUUACUGCAUUGAUAAAAUCACCACUGACUUUGAUCGGACAUAUUAAUUCCAUAUGUGUAAUUUUCGGAUCGAUGUUUACAUACCAAAAAAAUCUAUAUGUGCUCCCCCCCCUCCACACUUCCUGUUUGUUGUUAAUGUUAUUAUAGAGUGAAAGAAUGAGAAAGACUGUUUUUAUCUGUGAAAUGGCUCUCAAACCAUUUCAGCAGAUUGAAUGUUGUUGAUAAAAAUACUACUACUAUAAUAAUUAUUACUACUACAAUAUUAAUAUUUAUUAUUGUAAAAUUGGUGUUACAGUGGUGGUUUGUUGAUUUGUAGAGCUAGAGAGAGCUCUAGAACUGCUCUAGAGCCUGGAGAGAUCUAGAAAUAUUUAUUAUCUAGUUCUCUCGCUUGAAUUAAGCUGGAUUUAACAUGGAAUUGGUGUAUUGUAUUGUAGUAUGUGUAACGUGUAGGUAUUCAUAUUGGUCAUCCUUUUAUCAACUCUAUCAAGAAAUGUUUUGUGGUUAAUAAAUUUUUGUAAUAAGUU